GUGUGAGAAAGAAGGUGGAGCGAGGUGUGUAUUAGAGAGGGAGUGUGUGAGUUCUAGUCAGGUGUGUUCCAGUCAGGUGGAGAAGAGAGGGCAGGGAAAGGCAGGGCGAUGCUCAGUGACUGGUUUUGGUGGGAUCGUCUGUGGUUGCCUGUGAAUGUAACAUGGGCAGACCUGCAGGAUAAGGAGGGGCGCGUGUAUGCUCAUGUACACCAUAUCUAUAUCGUUUUUCCAAUAGCAGUGCUGCUGCUGGGCCUUCGAGUCCUGUUUGAGAGAUUCAUUGCCCCACUUAUCGCUGAAGCCUUUGGAGUGAAAGACAAAGUCCGGCCAAGAGUGUCACACAAUCCUGCACUGGAACAGUACUACAGAACACACUCCAAACACCCCUCACAGGCAGAUGUUAGAGGCCUUAGUAAAAAGCUGACCUGGACAGAGAGGCAGGUUGAAAACUGGUUUCGUAGAAGAAGAAACCAGGACAGACCAGGAGUGCUGAAGAAAUUCAGAGAAGCCAGCUGGAGGUUUCUGUUUUACCUGUGUGCUUUCCUGGGAGGCCUGCUGGCUCUGCAUGACAAACCCUGGUUUUAUGAUUUACGGGAAGUGUGGGCAGGAUUUCCCAAACAGACCCUGCUGGACACUCAGUAUUGGUAUUACAUGUUUGAAAUGAGUUUUUAUGGCUCCCUCUUGUUCAGUGUGGCGGUGGACAUUAAACGCAAGGAUUUUAAGGAGCAGCUGGUGCAUCAUUGGGCCACUCUGACACUACUGUCGUUCUCUUGGUGUGCAAACUACAUCCGCAUUGGGACUCUAGUCAUGCUGGUGCACGACGCCUCUGAUGUUUUACUAGAGUCUGGGAAGAUGUUUAAUUAUGCAGGAUGGGAGCGUGCCUGCAACUGCAUCUUCGUCCUCUUCACUAUUGUAUUCAUGGUGACCAGGCUGGUCAUCUUCCCUUUCUGGUUGAUCCACUGCACGUGGGUGUAUCCUCUAGACCAGUUUCAGCCAUUUUUUGGCUAUUAUUUCUUCAACAUCAUGCUGGUGGUCCUACUGCUGCUACAUAUAUUCUGGGCCUCCCUUAUUCUACGCAUGUUUAAAAAGUUUCUGUUUGGAGAGAUGAAAGGAGAUGAAAGAAGUGACGAGGAAGAGGAGGACAGUGCGGAUGAAGAUCACAACCACAAGCGAUUUGUCGGCUCUUCAAAUGGACUCUCGAAUGGUCAUUGACAGCCAGAGUGAUACAAGUCCUUCAGUGUCAAGCGCCUUUAUGUCCAUAUUGGACACUCCGAUCACUCAUUAACUGAUUAUGUUCUGAUUAUAUUCAGUAUAUCCAUAGCCUUUCAUUUUAAGGUGUGUAUAUGCACAUGAUGCUGGUUUAGAAUAGUGAAGCGCUGCUGUGAUGCCUCCUUGUCAUAUCUUCUGGGAUUAUCUCCUCCUGCAGCAGCCUCCAUGUUCUUCUGUCCUCCUCAUCCCUCCUCCUCCUCUCAGCCUCUCACCACCUACAAGUAUGAAACAGCACCUCCUACUGGGUCCUGAGGAGGAGUGCUGUUACAUUUUCAGGACAUGUCAUCACUUUCUCACCAGACUGCUAGAAGAAGUGCCAGUAUAGAUAUAAUGUAAUAUAAGAAGGUGCCCAAAGUCCCUUUAGCUCAAUAAAGGAUAAAGAACUUG